AGCAUUUGGAUCAAAAUGUAAGUUUUACUUCAACAUGUGCAUUGUAAUAACCCAAUAGUGGAGAAAAACAAAAGUAUGAAUAAUUAUUUCCAGCUUCCUGCUUGAGAUAGUAGAGCUUAGUUUGGUAAUAUUUUUCAAGAACGAAUCAGAGACUCGAAAUCUGCCUUUAUAAUAAGAUUAGAACAAGAUAUAUAUCACAUAUUAUAGCCAAGAGUGUUACGUAAGAUGUGCUGAAUUAAUUCAAUUCUAUUGUAUCAUUUGAAACGAUGUUUCAUCAUUUUCAAGGCGUUUUAAUGUAGAGUCCCCCAAUGUCCGGCUUAUUUUGAAUGCACCAUCUCUUUAAAUUCUGCCGUAAAUUACAGAGUAGACGCGCAUUUCGACAGGGAGGUUGGAAGUCGGCGCGACACAACACCUGUUUGCACUUUUGCUCUUUGCUGCUCGACGCAUCUUCUGAGGCGGGGGUGGCGUGAUAGGGGCCGUGGUGAUGCACUGAAACUUAAAAAAAACAACAACAACUCACACUCUGUUGCUCAGUUCGUAAAUAGACCCGCCUUCCUUCUGAAAAUAACCGCGGAGAACUGAAACAGGAAACUUGUGCGCUGCUUCACCUUCUUCCAGCUCACCCGAUGCGGGAUUUGACGCUCAAACACCGAACUGGCAUAAGCCGCGCACAUCCCUAGCUCUGCUCCCGGAGGAGUCGGUAGAUAAUAAAAAAAAAAAAAAAAAAAAAAAUCAGACAGAUGACCUCCUUCUACGACGAAAAGGAUCUGGAGGAAGACCUCAGUCGAGCCAGUUACCCUGAUGAGGAUUUGCAGUUUGAGUACUUGUUUGAAUAUGAGCCGCCUUGCAGCGACUUUGCAGGAGGAGAUCAAGAUGACCCUGGCCUUGCCACUCACAAGGUGCUCAGUUCUGAAUCUGAGCAGGUUUUCCCUUUGGAUGAGCAGUACAGGAUCAAGUCCUGCAACUCCCCCUACUCCAACCUCAACCCCGAAGUUCUCUCAGGGUACGAAAACCAGGAGGCCAGAAACUACCUGGACAACACCCGGCCGCCAGGUCUGGCCCUGAGCCCCCGGAUUGAGAUCACCCCGUCCCGAGAGCAUUACAGUCAUGGCCGGGACUCGCUGCCAAACCAGCACCUGAACCUCAGCCCUAGACCCACCCUCACUGUGCCCGGCCAUGAGAACCUCGCCUACCGUGAGCCCCAGUGCCUGAGUCCCGCCAGCAGCAACUCCUCCACCAGCUGGCACUCUGAGAGCUACUCGCCCUGGGCGUCCCCCUGUGUUUCACCCAGUAGUGGCCCAAAUCCAGCAGAUCUCUGCCCCCGCAUGCAGAACAUCCACACCGGUUCCCCACGCACCUCCCCGGGUACCUCCCCUCACACCAGCCUCGGAGAAGACGGCGGCCUGGGAGCACGCUCGCCCUCGCCCCGGCCACGCUCCACCUCCCCGCAGGGCAAGCGCACCUACGAAAUGUACCGGAAUCCAGGGCUGAUGCCUGGGCAGCGGUCCCGCAGUCCGUCCCCGCACAGCGGCCAGGAGGACCCCAACACGGGCGCUCAUUUCACACACGCCGGCCUUGUUGAGGGUGUGAAUGGAUUUGGCAGCAGUCAGCCAGGCAUGGUGCCCACCAAAAUAGUCAAGACCUCCAACCAACUUUACGCUUUAAUCCCAGAGAAUCACGGAGAUGGGAACUACUUGGUGUCCUGUGAUCAGGACAUUAAAACCAAACCUGCUGCAGAGCCUUUCUAUGUCAUCCCACCAAUCUGGCCCAAGCCGCUGGUUCCCAAUCUCUGCAACCUCCCAUUGGCUACAGCACCACCACUAGAGUGGCCCCUUCCCAGUCGCACAGACCAGUAUGAGCUCCACAUUGAGGUGCAGCCCAAGCCGCACCACAGGGCUCACUAUGAGACGGAGGGAAGCAGAGGCGCAGUUAAAGCCCCCACAGGAGGACAUCCAGUGGUGCAGUUGCACGGCUACAGAGGCAAAGACCCAGUUGGCCUCCAGAUUUUUAUUGGUACCGCAGAUGAGCGCAUCCUGAAGCCUCACGCCUUUUAUCAAGUUCACCGGAUCACCGGCAAGACGGUCACCACCAACAGCUACGAGAGGAUCAUCAACGGCACCAAAGUCCUGGAGAUCCCGCUAGAGCCAAAGAACAACAUGAAAGCCAUAAUCGACUGCGCUGGCAUCCUGAAGCUCAGGAACGCCGACAUCGAGCUGAGGAAAGGCGAGACGGAUGUCGGCCGGAAAAACACCCGGGUCCGACUUGUGUUUCGCGUGCACAUAUUUCAGCCUGGAGGUCAGGAUGUCUGUCUGCAAGUGGCCUCUCAUCCCAUCGAGUGUUCUCAGCGUUCUGCACACGAGCUUCCCAUGGUGGAGAAACAGGACAUGGACAGCUGCUCCGUCCUGGGCGGCCAGCAGAUGAUCCUGACUGGGCAGAACUUCAGCUCCGACUCAAAGGUCAUCUUUCUGGAGAAGACCCACGAUGGCCAGCAACUCUGGGAAAUGGAAGCAACAGUGGACAAAGACAAGAGCCAACCUAGCAUGUUGUUCGUGGAAGUGCCAUCUUACCGGGAUACAUCCAUAUGCCAACCUGUCAAAGUGAACUUCUACGUUAUUAACGGCAAACGGAAGCGCAGUCAACCUCAGCAUUUCACCUUCACCCCACUGACAU